GAAAUAAAAUUACUUCCGUUAUUUCUAUAUAUCCUUCAAUUUUGUAUUAACAAAUAUACUUUUACAUUUAAUCUCGAGUUUUUAUAAAUAGGCAAGACUAUUGAUUUAAAUUUCAUUAAAAUUUUCCUAUACUAAAUCUGAUAUUGGAAUCAGAUUUUAAAAAUAUUGCAUGAUAUAAACAUUGCAAAAUUUGUAAUUUACAAAGGUAAUUAAAUGUUUAAUACUGGUAUGUUAUAAGUAAUUAAAAAUCUCAAAAUAUUUUAUACAGUGAAAUCGUGAAUAUGUUAGAAUAUGUCGCUCGAAUUUAUGAAAUUAGUAAAUAAAUUGCACUACAUAAGAUCUAGAAAUAUCAUAAAACUAAGAUUUAUAACAUUAGGAAUUAAGAAAUAAUAAUGAUAUUUUACGCAAUACUUACUAUUAUAGUAUUUAGUAACUUCAAAUUUUUAAGUUCGUAUACCAAGUCGGAGCAACAUUUCGAUAUAUCGAUGAAAUUUCGAUCUACUAGUACCACUGGAAAGAAACGGACUUGGCGCUCAUUAAAACAAGUGCUGGCUCAAGAACGCACUUUACCAUGGCCUGUAGAAGUAGUGCAUUAUAGUUCUAUUAAUGCACCGCCAAGCUUCAGGCCAGCAAAGAAAUAUUCUGAUAUUUCUGGGUUACCCGCACGAUAUACAGAUCCACAAACUAAAUUAUACUAUGCAACGGCAGAAGAAUUUGCAACAGUCCGAAGUCUACCAAUGGAUAUAACUGCUGGAUAUUUAGCAUUGCGCGGCGCUUCCAGUAUCGUUGGAUAAAUGAAAGGAGAAUUUUAUUUUCUAUAAUUUCCUUAUAUUUAAAUAGUAUAGAACACGGAUAUUUUAUUUUGUAAUUGUUAUGAUACUUAUUAAAGAAUAAUGAAAAAUUAAGUAUAAUUCUGAAAAUUAAACAUCAUGUCAUAAAUGUAAACAAAAUAUAUCGAGCUUAUAAAGAGACAAAAUAAAGCUGUUUGCACUAACUAGUUGAUAAAAAUUCUUUUUUUAUAUACAUACAUUGUAUGUAUCAAGUUCUUUUAACGGGAUUUCCUGAAAUAAAGAAUUCCACAAAUAA